AUGGCACACUACCUUCGCAUCAUCUCUCGCCCUGAGAUGCGGGAAUACGCCGCCCUCCGCACCCGCAACGUGCAGCUGGAGGAGGAGAACGCUCGCCUCCGUAUCAACCAAGGUGUCUGCACUGACCACGAGCGCGGCGAGAUCCGCGCCUACCGCCAGGCCAACGACGAGCUCAUGGAAACCAACCUAUCUCUCCAGAUCAAGAUCCAGACUCUCAACGACAAGGUCGAGAGCCUCAGCGGUACCCACACCAUCGAGCAGUUUGAAGCUCUUCGCAGUGCAUUGGCUGAGGCAAACCAGCGUGCUCAGCGGAUGGACUUUCAGCUGAUGGACAAGGAGCGUGAGAUGGCCAGCCUCCAGGGUGAGCUCAAGGUUUAUCGCCAGCAGGCGGGAAUAUACUACACCCGCGUGGGCGAGUUGACGCGCAUGCGGCCGGGUCUGGACGACAGGUUUAACGAAAUCGACCUCAACGCCGUUGAAAAUGCGGGCACCACCGACGCCAACAACAAGCCCAGUAACGGUCACACCAUCAACAGCAAGCCCAAGGUCCCUCGCGACAGCAUCUUCGUCACCAAGCAGCGCUUGCCCAACCAGUCCGACGACACCAAGAACUCCCGUCCUAAUAUCGUCAUGGAGUCCCAGCCUCUCAAGAAGCCUGUCCGCAGCAUUCUCGGUCCCCUGGAGGGUACUCCCAGUCCGACCCGUAAGCUUGUUCCCCGCCAGAACACGCCCACCAAGGUCCGCCUCCGGUCGACACCCCCCACACCCGACAAGGAGAACCAGUACAACCACCUGAUCAAGCCUCUUUACCUCAACCGCGAGGUGUCCGCUUCCCCUAGCCCCCCUCCUCGCAACCCCAAGCCCAAAAUGCCCAACACGCCUACUACCGUUAUAGACUCGCUGGACUUGCCGGCCCUCGAGGCGACCGACUCGAUUUUCGACUACACCUGGACCACCGAGGACAGCACGGACGGCGUUCUCCGUGGCAAGGACAGCUCUACUUCGUUCUAA